GAAAGGGCAGGUCCGAGCGGUAUGUUAGGAGGUUAUGAAGCAGUGGUGGGGAGGAUGAAUGGAACUCAAGAGUCCUAGAAAAUCGUCUUUCAUCAUAAUUCCAUACAAGCCUGAGGCCUGAAUUCGGAGCCCCUCAACCACGUACUCUGAGAAAGAGCUGGUUUUUUAAGAGAUGCGUUCAGCUUCUUACUUAGAGCCAAGCACUGUGCUAUUGCCAGCAGAGGUUGGUUUUAACCAAGCAAAGAUAGGAUUUUCUUGACUACCAUGACUCAGAGUUAGAGUUAGUGCGCUGCUCCGGACGCUCCUGAGUGCUCCGAGGCGCCCUCUCGCGCUGGGGAGAAACUGGCAGGGAGGGAAUGGGCUCCCAGCGGUUUCCCUGCUCCGGGUGGAGAGCUCACGCUGCUCUGGGCAAUCUCCUCCCACCUCCGAAAGGAAGUGAGGGCGGGGCUAGCGGGACUCCCGCCCCUCUGCGUUGCCUUGGUGACCAAGUGCGUCCAGUCGCAGUUGCGCCUGGAAGGGCCCUGGCUGACCUGAGUGGUGCCGCCUUGCAGGUGGGACGUCAGGCCCGCAGCAGCAGGGCCUCCCUUCGUAGGCCUGGUUAGAGGGAUGGCCAGAGACUGCCCCCAGCACCCUCUCCUCUGCAGGUUGGCAGGGCUGGUGGCGUGAGAGGAGCCUGCUGGGUCUUCUCAGCAUACAGUAGGUGCCUAAUUAGCGAAGCCAGAGUCAGGUUGCUCCCUCCCUCCACCACCACCUUCUUGUGUCCACUCGUGGUGGGGAGUAGCGGAGGGGGCAGUCAAGGGUCCUUGAACCCUGUUCAGCUCCAGGUUGGAAGUUCAAGGCCAGGUUGAAAUCCAAACCGACGCCUUGGGCACGUUGACUUUUCCCAGGAGAGCUUGGGACCGUGGAGCACAAAAGAAUAACCACUUAUUAUUAUUCUUUGCCGCCAAAGUUCGGGUUUGCACUCUGCACGGUUGGAAGAGUCAGCCUUCUCCGUGAGUUCUGUCCUUACCUGAGGGGCGUUUAGCCAGCGGUCAAGCCAAGAUGUCCUCAGUGGGGAAGGUGACCCAGGUUCCCAGCGGGAAACUCUACCACCAGAUCUUCGAGGCUGAGGCGCAGCUGGUCCGCUCUCUAGCAGCCUCCAGGAAGCAUGCCUUGGAACGGUCUAUGACCCCCAAGAAUGGCAGGAAGCCCUUGAUGAAGAAGAUGGAUAUUCCUGAAGGAGAGAUGAUGUCUUUCCGGCAGCGGAAAUGGGCACACAGCUUACCCAAUGACUGGGUCACAGAAAACCCUGUUCUCUACAGGGAAAAGGAAAUAAUCAAGAAGAAAAAGGCUGAAGAAAGUGAGAGCACCAUUGCUGCCAGAGAGGUCCGGGGCCUCAUGGACACCAUUGUUCCCGAGAGGCCCUGCACCCCCACCUUGGGCACCAAGGGAAUGGACUCCCACAGGCGGGACUACGAGAGUGCCCUGGGCAACUUUAAGAAGGAGAUCGCCCAGAUUGGGCUGGAAAUGGAACCUUUCAUUUUGGAGCCAGGAAUGCUUCUUAUGAAAAAGCUGGCUGAGUCAGCUGAAGACAUCAACCAACUCUUCAAGAAGGUGGAAAGCAACACCGACCUCGAAGACUACACCUUCGAAACCCUGCUGGAGCUGUGGGAUCUGAUGGCUGAGAAGUUCCAGUUCCAGAAGCAGGGGAUCAAGGAGCUGGAUGAGGCCCUGUAUAAGGCUGAGUUCUCUCGGACAGAUAAACUCAAAAGCGUGCUGAAGAAGUAUGCGGAAAUCAUAGAGAAGACUUCCUACCUCACGCAACCUGACGUGUACAGGCUGAUAAACAAGGAGGCCAUGGUUAUAAACCAAGCCCUGCUGGGCAACCGGAGGGCCAUCGCCCAGCUGUUCAUCAACCUCUCGGAGGCCACGCUGCAGCAGGAGCUCCACAGCCACCGCCGCUGGCAGAACCUGCUGGACGCCUGGAAGGAUCUCAAGAAGCAGGCCCUGGUGCAGAGUUUCAGUGAGUUCAUGGCCAGUGAGAGGAUCCAGGCUCCUCCAGGUGUGAAGAAGAAGAUGGAGACCAUGCUGAAGGACCAGAAAGCCCUGCAGCAAAAGCGGCUGGAGCAUCUCUGUACCAUCUGUGACCUUCUACCCCCCAAUUACAGCAAAGCUCAGCUGACUGAAUGGCAUUCUUCUCUCAACUCCCUCAAUAAGCACCUUGACACCUUCCACAUAGACUGCAUGAUGCGGAUCCGCCUGCAGUACGAGAAGACGUGGCAGGAGUGCCUGGCCCAGGUGCAGACGUGCAAGAAGCAGCUGCUGGACUGCAAAGCCUUCACUGAGGAGGAGGCAGAGAGCCUGGUGAGCCCAUACUUCUUCCAGAUGGUGGGCGAGCUGCAGAGCAAGGUGGAGGAGGAGCUGGAGCUCUUGGAUAUAUCCUUCGAGGGCCUGGCAAAGCAGACAGAAUGGCAGAGCUCAGAUCUCUUCAGCUACUUCCAGGAGGCUGUGCAGCUGUGGGAGGCACAUCAGAGCGCACUGUCGGUGCUGGAUGUAGAGCUGGAGAAGAGGAUGGAGCAGCUGAGGCAGAAGCGCAGCCUGGAUGAGAAGGCCCUGGAAGCCCGCCUGGAUAAGCUUUUGGACCAACUGAGGCAACAAAGCGACGAGGAAACACUGAAGAUUCACCUGGAAAAGGCCAAAGAUUUCCUGGAGAAUAUGAAAUCCAGGUAUGAGUGUUUCCACAAGCUCCUGACAAAGGAAGCGACGGAGUACCCAGUGAUCAUACUGGAAGAACUGAACUCCUACAGCUCCACCCUCAGCCAACACUUCUACAUUCGGGAGAUCUUUCAGCAGACUUUGGAUGGGGAAGUCAUUUUCAAAUUCAGGGAACCAGAAGUGUACGAAAAGUACUUCCAGGAGAGUACGAGAAGCUGGAGAAGCAAACAGAGGGCUCAAAUGGAAAUGAGCAGAAGUGAGGAAGGUGAAAGUAGCAGGACAAUUCCCUCCAGUCCAGCAGAAGAGAUGGAAGAAGAUGAUCAAGAAAUUGAGUCUUCCUUAACCGAGGAGAUGGCAGUGAGCCAGCAGGAACCGUCUAAACAGAGUGACAAGAUGGAUGAGUCCAGUGAGGAGUCAGUUAAAGAAUCAGAAAAAAUACAAGUUGAACAAGACUCCUUAAAACCAUCUCUGAACCAGGAAGAUAUGAUGCUUCAAGAAGAAGAAAAAGAGGAGGAGGAGAAGGAGGAGGAGGGGGAAGACAAGGAAAAGGUGGAGGAGAGGGAGGAGAAGGUGAAGAGGAAGAAGAAAAAGCAAGAGGAGGAGGGGCAGGAGGAAGAGGAGCGCGAAGAGGAAGAGAAGCAGGGGGAGGAGGAGGAAGAACACGAGAGUUUAUUUAUGGAAGAGGCUGGAGCCCAGGAAGAGAGUGUGGAGGAAAUCUCCCACGACCAGGACAUGGAGUCCUUUACAACCUCCAGCGGACACACUUAUUUUGUCUUCCUAACCCUGGAACAACAAGAAGAGAGUUGCAAGAAACCCUAUUCCAACCUUUCUACCAUUCUGGUCAAUGACAUUUCCAGUGCCAGCUUCCUAGAACAAGUGAUCAUUCCAUCCAGACUGGUUUUACAAAUUAAGAAACAACUUCGAGCUGGCCUUUUUGAGCACCUAGAGAAGUGGUUUGACCAGUGUGUCCUCAAAACUCGGGUCAUGGUGGCCACCAAGAUCAAUGAGCUGGAUUCAGAAUUGGAGCUGCAUCAGCAUCUACAUGAGCCAAGAGCCAAGUGCAUUGAAAAGGACAUCCAUAACGUCAGGGCAGCUGAGCUCUUGCUUCACCAAGAGCGGCUAGACAGCCACUGUGCUGGGGUGAUAGAGACGCUAAGGAAGGAGAAGAUGAUGUUCUGCCAGUUCCAAGAAGAGCAAAACAUAAAGAGCAAAAACUUCCGCCGCAAGAUUUACAACAUGGAACACAUCUUCUCGAACGCCACGAAGAGCCAGAGGCUGGUUAGUCUCAGCAGCACGCUGCACCGGGAGCUGCUCAGCUAUGUCGACGUCACCCAGGUGUCCCUGCGCAGCUUCCGCCAGUACCUGGAGGAGAGCUUGGGCAAGCUUCGCCUCACCAACAUUGAGUUCAUCAAGCACUGCAGAUUGUUUUCUGAGGGAGGCAACUUUUCUUCUGAAGAAAUUAAUUCACUGUGUCAUCGACUGGAGAAGGAAGCUUCUCGAAUAGAGUUUGUUGAAAGUUUAAUCAUGAUCAACAUGGAGAAGAUGGAGAGCGAAUACCUGGACCAGGCCAAUGAUGUCAUCAACAAGUUUGAAAGCAAAUUCCAUAACCUGUCUGUGGACCUUAUUUUCAUAGAGAAAAUCCAGCGGUUGCUGACAAAUCUGCAAGUAAACAUCAAGUGUGAGGUUGCAAAAUCUAAUUUGCAAACAGAUGGAUUAAAUUCUUCUCUGGAACAGCUCCAAAGGAAAGUAGAAAUGUGUCGAAACUCAAAGGGAGAUAAAAAAAUGGUGACCUCAGAAGACCUCCUUGGCUUCGUCCAGACUUGGAAAGAGAAACUGGGCCAGAGGAUUCAGUACCUCAACUGCAGGCUGGACACAGCAUCCAUGACUCAAGUGGUCUUUACCGACAAUGUCAUGACUGACCUGGAGGUAGAGAGUGACAUCAUGGUGUCUUCAGAAGCCCUUGAAGAGGAGGCCAAGGUAGACUUGGUCACCCCAGAGUCCUUCGCCCAGCCGAGCCACAUGGGGAAGCCCAUGACUGAAGAUCCAGCUGUGGAAGUGGUCAAGAAGAUCCUGCAACUUCCCAAUGAAAAAUGCUCAACCCAGCCAUGUGACAAAGACCGGUCCCAGACAGGCUUGAAGCGACACCAGAACCGGGGGGAACACAUCGUGAAGAAAGCCCAGUCCAGUGCCAGUGCCACUUCAACAGGAAGCAUCACACGGUACUCCAAGCCCAACCGAAUGGACAGAAAGUUCCAGGUGCUCGGGGAGAAGCCACCACCUCCAGCUGAGGAUUUUAAAGGGAUCAUCCUGACCCUUCUCUGGGAGAGCAAUGAGCAUCUGUUGAACGUGGUAGAGGAGUUCUAUCGGAGAGAGAAGCGUGCCAUCACCAGGCCUGACUGCAUGUAUGAAAACUUUGACCAGUGCGCCGAGAACAUCUGCAAGAAGAUCCUGGAGUACCACAUGCAGACAGACGAGUACCAUAACUCCUGCCUCCUAGAAUUACGGGCCCAGAUGAGGAGAUUUGAGGAGCUCCUGCCCCAGGUGUGCUGGCUGGUGAUGGAGAACUUCAAGGAAAACCACUGGAAAAGAUUCUGUGUCUCUGCCGAAGAGAUCCGGGGACAGUUCUGGAAUUAUCAGGAGAAGCUGGAGAAAGGGAAGGAUGAAAAUGCCCAGAAGCUCCAUCUAAAUCUUGGACAUCCCGCACAUUUCCAAGAAAUGGAGUCUCUGUGUCAAGUGGAAGAGAAAAGGCAGAAUGACUUAGACACCGCGAUCAUGACAACCAGGGAAAAGCUUGAGGAAUUCACCAGGAGGUACGGCCGGCAUUUCAUAGCCAACUUGGCCUCCUUCACCGAGAAGUUCUUGCUGCAGUUGGAUGAAGUGGUCACCAUCGAUGAUGUCCGGGUUGCAAGGAUGGAGUCCCCCAGACAGAAAGCAUCAAUCCUCAUACGGAGGAAACUUGCUAGACUUUCCCUGAAGGAAGAAAGUGAGAAGCCCCUGAUUGAACGGGGGAGCAGGAAGUGGCCAGGAAUCAAACCCACUGAAGUCACCAUCCAAAAUAAUAUUCUCCUCCGGAAAACAUCAUGCAUCACCACCACCAAAACGACCCUGGGUCACCUGGCAGCUGUGGAAGCCCGAGAUGCCGUCUACCUGAAAUAUCUAACACUAUUUGAAAAGGAGUUGAAGAAGAUCCAGGAGGACAGCAUGUUGCAGGUGAAGGAGGCUCAGAGCUGGAAGGACUGCUGGAAGCGCUCCGUGCUUACCAUCCAGGGCCUGUACUUGUGAUACCCUCAACCUACCCCACGUAAAGGCUCAUUUUUACUGGACUUCUCUCUCUGUCUGUCCAUCCAUCCAUCCAUCCCUGCUCUAUACCCAACUCUGUAGCUCCAUCAGUGACCAGGACAUGGUGUGGUCUCUGUCCUUGUGGAGGUCACUUCCAAGGAGGAGGACGGAGGGAAAAGGGGAGUUCCACGUGGUUAGCGGGGAUGGUGGGUCACAGGCGUGGGCCGUUUAAAAGAAAGACCAGCAUGUCAGAGGAUGUAAUUCCAAUAGGCAUGCUUGGCACUUCAGCUUGGAAAACGCAAUAAUUAAAAUGUAUGAGCACGAAUACAUUUUACAUUUCACAGUGUAAAAUAAUUGCGACCAUGCAUCCAGCAAAGAAGUGAUCCAGUCUUGAUUGGGUAUCUGUCUGGCAAUUUGCCUGACCAAAUUAGAGCAUUUUGAGGAAAACCUCCCAGGCCUUCUUAAUUUUCCUGGGGCCUCUUUAACCUUGUGAGGCUCAGAUCCUUCUCUCUAGAAGCCUACAUCGUACCAUCUUCCUUGCUGAUUUUAUCUUCCUGGAUUAGGUGGCCUAAACAUGCCAAGUCUCAUUGGUCAGUAGCUCUCUGUGGCGGAUGGACAGGCUGCCUACAUUCCUUCCUUGAUUUUGUCAACUCCUGUUUCUUUUACCUGGUUUGUGUUUGGACUUGGCAUCAGUUUGGAUUUUCCCAUGUUUAACCUCUUUUAAUGACUUGAUGAGGGGGGCUUUUGUCCCUGCUUUACAGGUGUUGAAACGCAAAUCCAGAAGGUGGAGACAACCAACUAAAGGCACACAACCAGCAUAGAACUUCAGCAUGAUUUUUGGUUUCCCAAACGUGGGCGAGGACUUGGGGACAAGUCGAUUGUUUUGGAGAUGAUCCCAAGAAGCAUGGGGAAGGGGAGCCUGGAAGGAGACUUAGCCUCACUCCCAGCCCUUCCACCUUCCACAGCAGGCACAUUCUGCCCUCCUCACCUGUCCCCCACCCUGCAUCACCUGUCCUCUGGCCUGCUGCUGACCUGUCUCCUGACCUGUUCUCCUAUAACCAUGGUCCGCACUAGGGGCUAUGGGCUCACUGUAGCUCCAGGUGCCUGCAGAGGUGGACUGCAAGGCUCCAGUCCUCUCCCCUCAAGUCUACCCUUGGGACCUUAGGGAUUCCCCAUAGAGCAGGUAGUUAGGAAAAUGCAUGCCACUGCCCCAGGACAGAGCUGCCUCAGUCUCUUUCUAACUCUCCCUCUUGUAAGUUCCCCUGUGUCUACUCUUCCUUAGCCACACGUCCAUGAUCCCCACCUGAGAAGUCAGUGUGAGUGAGUGUAGGCACAAGUGUCCAAGUGAGGAUGUGGAGAGGAAAAUGACCUUAUAUGGAGAAGGGGGUAGACAGGGGUCUCCCUAGGAUCUUAGAGGCUCUCAGCAUCAAGUAAACCCCAAAGGGAGGUGUUGAGCCCUGGCCUAAAUCUUUUCCUUUUCCUUUAGACUCUGCCCACCUCCUAAGCCCCAGACCAGUCCCUGACACACUCCUGGCCUCAGUUUCCUAAUUGUGUAAUGAGAAACCAGAUACAGAACCACGUAAGUGGGUGUUCGGUGAGGUCAGGCUCCACCAAAACAGGUUGAGGGUGUCAGGGUGGAGUAGCAUGGGUACAGAAAAGAAACCAGGGCAUGGCAGCCAGUCUGUGUGCCCAUAGCCAGGCACACACAAGGGGCCCUGGGUAAGACCCAAGAAGAGUGCAUACACAUGAGCCCUCAAACUGAUGUGUACGCAUGUACACGUGAGGUUGUUCUCCUGCAACCAUUUCUGUGCACCCCACAGCUGCUGAAACCUGGGUCACAAGUUCUCCCCCAGACCCAUGCAGGGGUAUCACUUUAACUAGGACGGAGGGUGGGGAAGGGGCAGUUCCUCAAAGAAAUGCUGAUGUACUACUGUUCCCAAUAGAUGAGGAUGUAGAUGUUGGGCAGGCAAAAGCACCCCAAGUCUCAGAAUCAUGCGAGCUGCCUCCAAACCUGUCUCUGCCAGUAUGCUCAGGGGACUGUCCCCAGAGAAGGGACCUGUCUUGUCCAAAAUCACACAGUGAUUCAAUAGCCAAACUCAUAUUUUGGUUAGGCUUGGAUUUGCCUAUAUAUAGCAGAAAACCCAAAGUAAUGUGGCAUAAACGAGAGAUUUAGAUCUUUCUUAUAUAAAAGAACUCUUUUUCUGUUAUGCGACAACUCCAGUGACCCCCACCCCCGGCAACUGGACAAUGACACUGACUUAUUUGUGACUUACUCAAAAUAACCAGAGAAAAUUACUUAUGUUCAGGGAGACGGGCUGUCCUCGGUAACCCCCUUCUCUGUAUUCAUGAAACUUUCCCACAUCCCCUGCAGUGGAGGACAUUUGUUAAUAAAAGAAAACAAAAACGAAAACGAAUCCCCCCACCCCCCCAAAAAAACUCUAACGGGCGGGCAGUCCUUACUGAUCCUGGACAGCUUGUCAGGGAAGACCCCAUGUCAUCUAUCCUCCAGCAUCUUAGCUUGUGGCUUCCAUCGUCCAGUCUGUCCCUGGCCCAGGGUGGCUGGCUGCUGGAGCUCCAGCCUAGACCAGCCACCAGGCCUGAGAGACGGCACUUGAGACGGCAGCAGGAGGAAAGGAGGAGGGCAAAAGAGGCCCUGCCAGCUGUGUCUGGGCCAUCUGGCCAGACUCCCCGAAGUCCCACACCCCACUCUGAUCACAUGUCAUUGGCCUGAACUUUGGUCACUUGACUCAGCUGCCACAGAGGUUAGGCACUUUAAUUUUUUCAUUUGUCGAAUUGCUGCCCAAAUUAAAACUGUCUUUAAGCAAAGGGGAAAUGAAAACUGUGGAAACUACCAGCACUCUUUGCUACCCAGAACUCCAAGAUGAAGAACAGGAGAGGGGGUUCUUUUCAGGUGGGUAGGGCGUCUGCAGCCUCUCUUUCCUUCAUGUUCACUGGUUCACAGAGAGAGCAGUGUCUCUGCUCUAAACCACAGCAUAUGAGCAGGACCUCUGCUUUGGGCUUCCAACAGAAUGAUGGGAACUACUGUGUCGGCCUUCAUCUGCUUGUCCCUUACAGGAAGAUCUGAGCAAACCCUUCUCUAUUUCAUAAAUGGGGUGGGUAGAGGUCAGGCUGUGAAGUCUUUUAAGCAAGCAACAUGUUCCUGAAAUGCUGAGUCAAAAUUAUAUCUCUGUAUAUCAAAUAGAAUCUGUUGACCCCACCAUGUUGAACGCCACAGUGAAUAUACUAGUAAAAAUAAUACACACAAAAUAAAACUAACAGUGGUUAACAUC